GAGUAUUCGGGUAUGUCCAGAAGGACGAGUGAAUCGUAGGCUUCCCCUGUGUUUUGUAAAUGUAAACAAAAUAAGGAUAAGAAUGACAGCUCAUGGCAAGUGAUAACUGUGGCUGUCUUGGCUAAGCGUGAUUUUUAUUUGACAAGAACGUACCCAAUGAAACGUUUGAAAGACAUCAAAUUAAUUAUUUAUUAAAGAUUAUCAAGCAUGGGCUGGACAAGUUACCAGUUUUUCCUGGCCGCCUUGUUGGUUGUCACUGGCUCAAUCAACACGUUAAGUACAAAGUGGGCUGAUAGGAUGGAAUCAGAAGGAAAAGAUGGCAAGUCACGUAAAUUUGAUCAUCCAUUUGUUCAAGCUUGCUCAAUGUUUAUUGGUGAAUUUUUGUGUUUGCUCGUCUUCAAGGGCCUAUAUUUUCAUUACUGGCGGAAACAAGAUGGUUCACAUGAUGAAAACAAACUGGUGAAAGGCAGUCGUAACUUUAAUCCAUUGGUCCUUCUCCUCCCAGCAAUGUGUGAUAUGGUGGCCACAUCAACAAUGUACGUCGGUCUAAACCUAACCUACGCUUCUUCAUUUCAGAUGUUGCGAGGAGCUGUGAUUGUGUUUGUGGGAAUCUUUUCAAUGCUGUUUCUGCAUCGGAAGCUAGUGCUGCGAGAGUGGUGUGGAAUACUGUUUGUCAUAUCGGGCCUCGCUCUAGUUGGCUUGUCAGACUUCUUGAUACCAGGUGAUGACAACCAUGCCAACAUCACUCUCACUGCCUCGACUCCGGCACCUCCCGACGCUCACCCCACGCACAAGGUUAUAAUAGGUGAUCUGCUCAUCAUAGCAGCACAGGUGAUUGCUGCAACUCAGAUGGUCCUUGAGGAGAAGUUUGUGUCUGGUCUCGAUAUUCCUCCUCUGCAAGCGGUUGGUUGGGAAGGACUCUUCGGGUUUACCAUAUUAGGACUGCUACAAAUUCCAUUCUACUUUAUCUAUGUUCCUUUUGCUGAUAACUCUCGCGGUAGUUUGGAGGAUGCACUUGAAGCAUUUGUUCAAAUGGCUCACAACCAAUUGAUAAUUGUGGCUAUACUAGGUACUGUUAUUAGCAUAGCAUUCUUCAAUUUCGCUGGAGUAAGUGUUACCAAAGAAAUAUCUGCCACAACACGAAUGGUUCUAGACAGUGUGAGAACCCUGAUUAUUUGGGUAGUUUCCUUAGGUCUCCGCUGGCAAGCAUUUCACUGGCUUCAGGUGGUUGGCUUUCUAUUGUUGCUUGUUGGCAUGGCAUUGUACAACGAUGUGCUCAUAAUGCAGGCUGUUCGCAAGAUUACUGGAUGGUGCAGACGAAGUGAACCGGAAGCCUCAGAAGUACUGAUAAAUGAAACUGAAAACGAGUAGAUUUGACUGUUCUCAAGGAAUUAUUUUUUAUAUUAAUGUUAUUAUUUUAUACUUGUUUUACUUUGUGUGAUAAAGUUGAACAUAACUAUUUUAAAGAGAACUUUUUUGCUCUUUGACUGUAUAUUAAUUUCAAUAAACUCAUGGUUAUGUAACUUUAA